AUGUCAUUCCCUACUCCUAAGCGAAAGCGCCAUAUGCCACAACCAAAUUUGAAUCAAGAUAUUAUCACAGAAAUCCUUAAAAGGCUGUCUGUGAAGUCUCUGCUGCAAUUUAGGUGUGUUUCAAAAGCUUGGCGUGAUUUAAUCUCAUCUCCAGAAUUUGUCAAAUUGCACCUACAUUUUCAAUCGAAAAAAGAUAAUAAGGUCAUGACUUAUAGCAGUGCAAAUUGGAUUUCUAGCUAUAUGUCAUUGUUUUCUAUUACAGAGAAUAAGCAAUCAUCAUUUCGCAAGUUUAUUACAUAUGACGGCUUGGUCUUAAUCCCUGAAGGUGGUUUCGAAUUGUUGGGUUCUUGCAAUGGGCUCCUUUGCUUUCGUGCUAAACCGUAUAGAAUAAUCAUUUGGAACCCAUCAUCAAAUGGAAACAUCAAGACAAUCCCAGAUGUCUGGCAGUUGGGCAACAUCAGCAUUUUUGGAUUUGGGUACGAUGAGUGUAAUGAUGACUAUAAGGUUGUUUAUGCUUAUUAUGAUGGCAAUGGUGAUGAGACUGUAGUCUUGGUUUACAGUUUUAAGCAUGGGUCAUGGAAAAGAAGUGAAAGAGGAUUUAUUAGUGGGUUUGUUCAUCCAAGAAUUGCUGUGUUUGUGAGUGGUAAUCUCAACUGGUGCAACAACAACUUACAUGAAAGUGAAUGGAAUUGGGAUAUAAUUUAUUUUAACUUAACCACUGAAACUGCCAAACCUAUGGCGUUACCAAGCCAUGAACAUGCAGCCGCUAUUUGUAUAAGUGAAUCAAGAGGAUUGCUUUUUGCAGGUUUUCAUCACAAACAUCAAAUGGAAGUUUGGGUGAUGAAUGAGUAUGGAGUUGAAGAAUCUUGGACUAAACUAGUCCGCAUUUCAAACUUACCAGUUCAUCAUCCAGUUUCCCGUGGUUUCGAGAACACUACAUACAUGGCUAUAUGUAAUUCAAAACUUGCAAUUGCACAUGUUUCUAAAAAUGGGGAUAUUCUAAUGAUGGUUGGACAUCAGCUAAAGCUCCAUAGGCCUAAUGCUAAAGGGGGAAAGAAUUUUAAUAUCCCCUUUGGUCUUGGUUAUAUGGUAACUAGUUACGUGGAGACCCUUGUUUCCCCGGCCAUGAUUGGUCUGUAA